AUGUUCCUAAAUGUUAUGGCUUAUGCCUAUUUUAGUGAACUCUUCGAGCCCAUAUGGGCACCUGACCACAUUACCACUCAAGGAGACCAUGUCAUAUUAAACCUUGACAGCGCAACAGGUUGUGGUUUUAUGUCCAAGAACAAAUAUCUAUUUGGGAAAAUCAGUGCACAAAUCAAACUAGUUCAAGGUGAUUCAGCUGGAACAGUCACAGCCUAUUAUUUGACAGCAGACGGGCCUAAUCACGACGAGUUAGAUUUUGAAUUUCUGGGCAAUGUUUCAGGAGAACCUUAUCUUGUACAAACAAAUGUAUUCGUGAAUGGGACUGGAGACAGAGAGCAAAGGCAUAGUCUAUGGUUUGAUCCCACCACUGACUUCCACAACUAUACCUUCUUCUGGAAUCACCAUUUUAUAAUAUUUCAAGUUGAUCAAGUCCCAAUAAGAGUGUUUGAAAAGAAAGAAGAAAUGGGUGCGCAAUUUCCAAAAACUCAAGCAAUGGGAAUCCAUGGAUCAUUGUGGAACGGAGAUGAUUGGGCUACACAAGGAGGAAGAGUGAAGACCAAUUGGAGCCAUUCUCCCUUUGUUGUAACAUUUGGAUCAUUUGAGGUUGAUGCAUGUGCAGUAUCAUCUGGGAUUGAUGAUGCAGUAGCUAAAUGUGACAAGCCUGGGAAAUUUUGGUGGGAUAAAUCUUCCAAUAAAAAGUUGGACAAGAAUCAAAGACGUCAACUGAAAAUGGUUCAAGACAAGUACUUGGUCUAUGAUUAUUGUAAAGAUACAGCUCGAUUUACUCAAAUGCCAAGAGAAUGCCAGAACUAG